AUGCUGUGUGUCACCAUAUUCUCCUGUGUUGCUAUUAAUCUGGAUGAUAAAGUGCUGGUAGAAAAAUUGAGGCGCAUUAUAUAUUCAGCUGGAAAUUAUAUUGUACUGAAGUUGGUGUCGGAUCCAGAAUCCAUUAAAAAAAAACCCUACAAGAAGCAGGAUGAAGACAAAAUUAAUAAAGAUGAGGAAGCGAUGGCUUGGAGAUUUCUGUCGCUUGCUGAGGUCAGCAUUAUGUUGGAACAAGACGUUGCAGGAGUUGAAAAGAGUUUGGAAGAUUUUUUGAAUCUGAAGCAUCGGCUGACAUCUCUGAAAGAAGCUGCACUACUGGAUUAUUAUGUCUCUGGAUUCUGGUGGGCCAAAGGAUUAGAGUUUUCAUCUCUGCAGAUUGGGGGGUUCCUGACUCUCCUCAAUUUGCUGCUGGAUAAUCUGGAGACCUAUCACAUGACCCUGGAAGAGAACAUCCAGGAGCUCGCGAGCACCAUGGCUGGCAUUGGGCUGAGCAAUUCAGAGAUAAGCGGCGGGUUUGAGUUCUUCACUGUAGAUCAAGCCAAAGCCAUAAUCAAUUACGUGAAGAGCAGUUUAUUCCAACAUUAUACCCUGUACGAAUAUCUUUUCCACAGUCCCAGGGAAGAGCUUGUGAUUGGAGAUGAGGAAUGUGAGGAGGAGGAGGAGGAGGAGGAGGAGGAGGAGGAGGAAGAUCGACAUGCAGAAACCUGA